UAGUUUUUUUAAAUCUUGGAAUUUUUUUAAACUUUGCAUUCAGUGUUUGAAUGUAUUUUGUGUACACAUAAAAUCACACUUGACGAUCGAUGACAUUUAGUUUAUGAAGGCAAUUAUGUAUAAAAAAAACGAAACUUUAAAAGCGCGGUUUGAUUAAAUGUUACAAUGGCUUUCCCUCAUUUGUAGUACACGUUAGUGGAAGUUAGCGCAAACACGGAAGUAGCUAGCAACAUUAGCCUGAAGAUCAUGGGGAACUGAGUCUUCGACAUUUUUGACAGAAGGCUAGGAUGGGCAGGCAGAGGAAGAGGAUGGUGUCCGGUGAAGCUCCUCCCCCUCCGAGGAAAGAUGACAAGCCCUUGGCGUUUCAGCGCAAGGACAAGAAAAAGAAAACGGAUAUCGGAAAAGUCUUCAUCAACAUCUCUAUUGGCCUUUGCAUAUUCAGCCUCAUCUGGUUCUUUUAUGCCAUCUACAUGAGGUCCAGUCUGGCCAGACGAGUUGCGACUCCACAUCCGUCGCCUCGGACCCUGGAUGCCAACAGCAGUAGUGCCAAGGUCUCCCCAGAGAGGUUCUGGGGCUCUUACAGGCCUCAGGUCUACUUUGGCAUGAAGACAAGAAGCCCCAGGUCCAUCGUGGCAGGUAUGAUGUGGAUGCGUCAGUUUUCUGACAUGGACAUGAAUCUAAGGCACACGUGUGAGCAAGGGGAUCACCUCCAAGGCUACGGCUGGCUCAUGCACGACGGACUCACCUUCGGCGUUCAAGAAAUUCGAGAGAGCGAUUUCACUCUGACCACGGAGUUUGUGAAGAGGAUGGGUGGGGAUCAUGGAGGAGACUGGACCUGGAGGAUCACAGCCAAACAGCAUAGUUCUGCCCCCCAAGCACCCGUCAUAUCCCUGAUGUUUUACGCAGCUGCAGACACGCAGGGUUCACUCCAUCCUCAUCUUGAGGAGAGAAAUCGUCUCGCUUCCAUCACUGGAUUCUCAGAAGAGCUUGGAAACUUCAAGAUCACCUUCAGGAAGCCCGUUACCGGGGAGCUGUCCAGCGCCAAGUAUGCCAGCUACAACUACCUGCAGACGGUCUCUCCUGGCUUGGAGAAGCUGACUGACAUCGUGAAGCUCAGUCUGAACCGUAAGUUUGUCUACAGCCCGCCCUCUGGCGAGAAGAGACACUACAUAGGUCUGGACACCUACAAGCCACCCCACCACCAAAGCCAACAGAAACCUGCCGACCCCAGGAAAGAAAGCGACUUUGUGGUCCACCAGGUGACCGUUCAAACGCCGUUCCAGAUAGAAGCUUUGUUUGAGUCUGGAAGCUUCUUCGGUCGGCCCAACCAGCUGGUGAGUUCUGUCAUGACUCAGGAGCUGGAGAGGAGGAAAGCAGAGUUUAAUACAAAGUUUGAAAAGACUUUUAGGCUUGAGAGCAACGGUUUUAGCCAGGCGCAAAUUAAAUUUGCCAAAGCAGCACUGAGCAACAUGUUGGGUGGGAUGGGUUACUUCUAUGGCCAGUCGGUGGUGCAGUCGGUCCAUAACGAGUACCCACUCCUGUACCCUGAAGGGGCUUUAUUCACUGCUGUCCCAUCCCGCUCAUUUUUCCCCCGAGGUUUCCUCUGGGAUGAGGGCUUUCAUCAGCUGCUGCUGAGUAAGUGGGAUGCCCAGGUGACACGAGAGACUAUUGCCCACUGGAUUGAUUUAAUGAACGUGGAAGGCUGGAUCCCGCGUGAGCAGAUCCUUGGAGACGAAGCUCUCAGUAAAGUCCCGGCUGAAUUUGUGGUUCAAUGGAACGAGAAUGCAAACCCACCCACUCUCUUCCUGGCUCUUCAGGAACUUGUUGAACAGCUCUCUUCAAAUCUGGACGAGGCAGGAUCGCAGCAAACCGUAGCGUUCCUUCGAAGGCUCUUCCCCAGACUGAAAACCUGGUUUGAGUGGUACAACACCACUCAGAAGGGACCCCUACCCAAUUCUUACCGCUGGCGUGGACGAGACAAGGACACCAAUCUGUUCCUUAACCCAAAAACCUUAACCUCUGGGCUGGACGACUACCCUCGGGCAUCGCACCCCUCGGCAGAUGAGAGGCACGUGGAUCUGCACUGCUGGAUGGCCUUGUCCUCAGGCGUCAUGGCUACCAUAGCUCAGCUUCUUGGUGAGCCCUAUGAGGACUACAAACACCUGCAUGAUGUGCUCAGCGAUAACAAGCUGCUCAGUGACCUCCACUGGUCCGAUCAACUCGGUGCUUUCAGUGACUAUGGCAACCACACAAAAGCUGUGUCCUUGGUGAGGGAGAAGGUCUAUGUACCUCCAGGACAAGCACGCCACCAGUUUCCAGUGGCGCGCCUUGUGCGCUCUGUCCGCAAGGCCCCCAAGCUGCAGUACGUCAGCGCCUUGGGCUACGUUAGCUUGUUCCCCUUCUUACUGCAGAUCCUCCAGCCCGACUCGCCGAAGCUGGAGCACAUCUUCAGAGACAUGAGGGACGCCAGUAAGCUUUGGACACCCUACGGCCUGCGCUCUCUCUCUAAGACCGAUCAUCUCUAUAUGCAGCGGAACACAGAACACGACCCUCCUUACUGGAGGGGGCCAGUGUGGAUUAACAUCAACUAUUUGGCAGUCAGAGCCCUCCACCACUACAGCAACACAGAGGGUCCAUACCAAGAGAAGGCCGCUGAUCUCUAUCAAGAACUCAGGACUAACAUUAUCAAUAACGUUUAUAGACAGUAUGUUGAAAGCGGGUAUAUCUGGGAGCAGUACAACGACAGCACAGGGAGGGGGCAAGGAUGCCACCCGUUCACCGGCUGGUCUGCUCUGACCGUAUUAAUGAUGGCUGAGCACUACUGAUGCUUCUGAUCUGAUCUGAUUGGUGCUGAAGAUGCUGGCCUUCAUUAAUGUGUGCAGCGUUCAGGUAACACGGACUGUUAGGACAUGUAGUCUAGUCGACUACACCAACAAAACAAGAGAAAUCAUUCAGCUAAUUUGUUCAUCAGCCCUUUAACUCAAAUCGUUUUUACAAAUGUCGACCAUUUUUAAACAAUUUCCACGUGCAGCUGAACUUUUGAGUCUUUAAGGUGCAAAACCCGUUUCUGUAAACUACUGAUCUACUUUUCUUGUGGUUUCAGACUAAAAUGAGGGAAAACAAGUCUUAACUGGUUAUUAUUACCGGUUAACACUUGUUUUCAGAGGAAGUUGCUCAGUUUGUGUUUUCACUUGACUCAUUUACAACCAUUAUCUCUAAUUGUGCCAUUAUCCAAUAAUCGAUGGGUUUUCUGUCUUAAUUGUCAAUGAUUUUGUUGCUUAAUUAUUUAAUUGAAUUCUUAAAAAUGAUUUUUGUGUUGUUUGAUGUUUCCUGUUUCUGAAGGCAGUCUGUAGUUUCUUCUGACUUAAUAGGGCGAUUGAGGGAAAUUUUGAUUUGUUUUAUCAAAAUCAAUAAACAACUUAAAUACCUUU